CUCUGUGGUGCAACAAAUAAAAAGCAACAAUCUUUCUUCUCUCUCUCUCUCUCUCUGCCGGGGGUUGUAGUUUUUGAUUUGGAUUUUGUUGGGUUUGCACCUCUCUCCCUCCUUCUCUGUCUACCCAGCUCUCUGCUCCUUCCUGCCUCUACGUUCCAUCAGAAUCCGGCCGGGUCGACUCCCAAGCCCCAAUAUCUCAUCUUUAACCCGAUGAGGAUCCGGAAAAGACAGGUCCCGUUACCCCUCUCUUCUCUCUCGCCCGUGCCUCUACCAGAUCCCCACCUCCUCAACCUCAACCACUGCUCAUCAUCACCUCCCCUGGUGCAACAACAACAACAACAACGUAUCCACCACGAUCCAAAACCCUCCCAACGACUUGAUCAUGUGGGCCCUCUCCCACAUCCUCAGCCGUCUGAUCAUCCCAAUCGCCCCCGGCCGAUUGGAGCAGCGAGCAACGACGGCUGUGAUUUUUCCGGGGAGCUGAAGAAGGGAAAUUACUGCUCGGAGACAUUGAAAGGGGAAGACGAAGAUGGAUCAAGAGAUCAGGCAGAGGAGAAGGGUAAUGAUACCAGGAAGGGAAGCACAUUGGGUGCAGAAACUGUAUCUGGGUUUCCUUCAGAAUCAUCAAGUUCUUCUCAUCGAGUUCUUGGGAGAUGGUUUGAGGGAGAGAAAGCGUUCCCAUUCAAGAAGCGAAGAGGGAGCUUCGGGGAGGCGACGAGAAUGGAGAAGGAGAAGAAAUUAACGCAGACCAAGAUGGACAAGAAAUGUGAUGGUCAACAGUGUGAUGAUAAGAAGCAAGAAGAUAGAGUAAUUACGAAAGAAAUCCUCGACCAUACUGUUGGUAGUUGUACGAGUCCAAAGAAGAGAGCAAGAGGCAAUGCAAUAAUGGAGGGAUCGAGGUGCAGUCGAGUUAACGGAAGAGGAUGGAGGUGUUGUCAACAGACACUUGUCGGGUACUCUCUUUGCGAGCAUCACUUGGGCAAAGGAAGGCUUAGGAGCUUGAACAGCGUCCGAAGUCGCUCUUUUGCGAGUUCUGUUGGAUCCAUAGAGACCAAGUCCAAGCAAUUAUCAAAACCCUCGUGUUUGGAUCUGCCAAAGGAAGAAGAGCGUAAACCUGAUAUGCUACUAGAUGUCAAUCAUCAUGGUGAAGAUCAACGACACGAAAAUGAAUACGGUGAAGAGAAAAAGCCGUUGGUGGUUACGAAGAAGAGAAUGAAACUCGGUAUUGUAAAGGCACGAUCCAUGAGCAGCUUGCUUGGACAAACGAACAGUGCAACUGCAGUGGAUGAUGAGAAUAACAAGUAGGUCAAAGUAUUCGUUCAACUAUUCGGUGUAGUUGAGAGUUAAGAGCAAAAAUUGAGGUUUGAAGUGUGAAUAACUAGCUAGCUUGGUGCAACUAUACUUUCAACUACUUGCAAUUUGCGUGUGUGAUUCGAUCUGAUGAUAUAAACAGAUGCUCGAUAAAGUGUUGGAUUUA